GAUCAAUAAUAGAACCGUACCGCGUUCGCUGGGUGUGCACCCUAGUCGUGUUAUGAAACAGCGGGACAUUUGCCAAAAAUCCGGCCCUGCCAGCUAAUUUAGCUAGCAAGCUACGCAGCAGCCACAGUUGAAUGGCUGCUUUCUGUUUGCGUCGCACCCGAUCUCAUAUUUUUCGCUCCUGUGUGAUCCUGCUGAGGCCCGUUGUCACAGCCGGAAUGGAACCCAUGGGUUCCGCAUUUAGUCGCUCACCCUUGGAGAACCUUCAAUUCGACAAUGUCGCUCUGAAAAAACUUCCACUGGACCCAUCGGAAGAACCCGGUGUGAGGAUCGUGAAAGGGGCUUGUUUCUCUCGUGUGCAGCCACAACCGCUGGUCAAUCCCAAAUUUGUGGCAGUGUCCGAACCGGCGCUAGCCUUGCUUGGGCUCAAUGCUCAGGAAGUACUGCAAGAUCCACUCGGUCCCGAAUACCUGAGUGGGUCGAAGGUGAUGCCAGGUUCCGAGCCAGCUGCCCACUGCUACUGCGGUCACCAGUUUGGACAGUUCGCCGGACAGCUCGGUGAUGGAGCGGCGUGUUAUCUGGGCGAAAUAAAGGCCCCAGCAGAUCAAAGCGCAGAACUGCUACGUGAAAAUUCAUGUGGUCGGUGGGAGAUCCAGGUUAAGGGAGCUGGACUGACGCCCUACUCAAGGCAGGCAGACGGCCGGAAGGUCCUGCGUUCCAGCAUACGGGAGUUCCUGUGCAGUGAGGCCAUGUUUGCGCUGGGCGUGCCCACCACCCGGGCCGGCUCGCUGGUGACCUCUGAUCUCUCUGUUCUGCGUGACGUAUUCUACAGUGGGGACCCUCGCCCCGAGAAGUGCUCGGUGGUCUUGCGCAUCGCCCCCACCUUCAUCCGCUUCGGCUCCUUCGAGAUCUUCAAGCCGAUGGACGAGUUCACCGGCCGGCAGGGCCCCAGCGUCGGCAGGAAUGACAUCAGAGCUCAGCUGCUGGAUUACGUCAUCGAGACCUUCUACCCCGAGAUCCAGGAGGCCCACGCGGACCGGGCCGAGAGGAACGCCGCCUUCUUUAGAGAGGUGACGGUGCGGACGGCCAGGAUGGUGGCCCAGUGGCAGUGCGUGGGCUUCUGUCAUGGCGUCCUCAACACGGACAACAUGAGCAUCGUGGGGCUGACGCUGGACUACGGCCCCUUCGGCUUCAUGGACAGGUUUGACCCAGACUUUGUGUGCAAUGCCUCGGACAACAUGGGCCGCUACUCCUACCAGGCCCAGCCAGCCGUGUGCCGCUGGAACCUGGCGAGGCUGGCCGAAGCCCUGGGCCCCGAGCUGCAGGCCGCUCGCGCAGAGGCCAUCUUGGACGAGUACCUGCCCCUCUACAACUCCUUCUACCUGGCCAACAUGAGGAGGAAGCUGGGGCUGCUGAGGAAGGAGGAGCCGGAGGACGAGGCCCUCACCACGGACCUGCUGCAGACCAUGCACAACACGGGUGCGGACUUCACCAACACCUUCCGCUGUUUGAGCCAGGUACAUUGCCCCAAGGAGGGGGAGGGGGAAAAGGAGGAGGUGGAACGUGCGGUGGACCUCCUCAUGGAGCAGUGCUCCUCCCUGGAGGAGCUCAGAGAGGCCAAUAAGCCCAACAUGGACCAUCGGGAGCUGAUGAUGAUCCUCUCACUGGCCCAGUCCAGCCCAGCGCUCUUCCAGAUGGUGGUAGGCAGGAAGGCUGUGUCCAGGGAGCUUGAGCAUCUGGGCAGGCUGAAGGAGCUGAUGGAAACCAACCAGGAGGACCUGACGGCCAAGCAGAGAGAGGACUGGACCCGCUGGGUGAAGCAGUACAGGAGGCGUCUGGCGCGAGAGUGCGAUGGAGAGGGCGACGCCCAGCAGGUGGAGGAGGAGAGGGUGCGGGUGAUGGACAGCACCAACCCCCGUGUGGUCCUCAGGAACUACAUUGCCCAGAAUGCCAUUGAGGCCGCCGAGAAUGGAGACUUCUCCGAGGUCCAGCGUGUUCUGAAGGUCCUGGAGAAGCCCUUCUCUGCCCAGCCAGGAUUGGAGCAGCCAGGCUGGGUGCACCGGGCCGGAGUCAGGGAGCAGGGAGAGAGGGAUGAAGGGGGGGUGGGGCAGGAGGAGGAAGCGGCGGGGCCAGCAUCUCGACCCUGCGUCCCCUACGACAGCAAGCCCCCGCUCUGGGCCAUCGAGCUCUGUGUGACCUGAUCCUCGUAAUACCUCCCAAGCACUGAACCCACCUGCUAGCAGUGCAAGGGCUGUUGGGUAGACAGCACCCCACAGGCACUGACACAGGUCACUUCGCCCCAGUCCUGCCAUUUGCCUUUUUCUUCCAAAUGCUUAAGCUGACCUGGGAUCAGUGCUUGUGAACACUAUAUGUCUACUCAAGAGCAGAGAGAGAAUCAAUGAAAUCUAUCCACUACUUCCCUCCUUCUGUCUUCAUUAUAGUUCCCUUUUAAAUCUCCCCUCUCACUAUGUGAUAUCCCUCACUCCCUUGUUACCCUUUCUCUUUUUCUCUCUCAGGUUAAAUGUCAGGUGGGUUAGAUGUUUUGGGAGGUAAAUGUAGGGGAAGGUGCUCCUGUCAACCAAUCAGAACGUUUCACAUGGAGAGAGACAGGCAGAUACAGUGCAGUGUGACAUACUCAAAGAUUUACAUGCACCAAAUGCCUCACCAACUUCAGAAUAGGAGUUGUAACAUUUGCGCUAUAUAUAACAUCUCUCAUCCUUGCAGCUCCACACAGAGUAUGGUACACUGUUGGCUACUGGUUAAAAAUUAUGCCUGGCUUCAGAUGAUUGGAGGAUGAGUGCUUCGUCUCAUUGCCGAGGAGCUCCAUGAGUUUCUCCGCUAGAAUUCAACUCUAAUCACUUUGAGUCUCUGCUGCACAAAUCCAGAAAAUAUUAGAGCAGUUUUCACCUUUCUAAGUGAGAAACAGAUUGCUAAAACAGGUGUACCAGACCACACUGUGUGGAGCAGUUCUGGUUGCAGGCUUGGGUAGCUGUGUGCCAUACAAUGCCAAGCUCUCCCUUUCCCUCUCCGUGUCUCGAUCGGACUGGUUGUUAAUGAAAACUCAGAUGUCCAGUCCUGUAGUGACCCGUCUUGAGUUUGAGAACAGGAGCUCUCUGAUCCCUCUUUGUACACAUGCACAUAUGCGCGCACACACACACACAGAUAUAUGCACACAAGACAGUAGAAUGUUUGAAAAGGAUGUCAUGGUUGGGUUGUGUGUACAUGGAGAAAAAGGAAGUAGUGUUCCUGUGAUGGUUAUUGCUAGUUAGUCAGGAACUUUCAAAAAUAAUAUAUGAUCACAAAUUUUUCUGCUGUGUUUUAAAAAUUGUAUUUGGGCUGAUAAUAGUGAGGUUUCUAAGGGAGUGAGUGAGUGAGACUGAAUGAGUGAAAUUCCCUUGCAUUUGUUUGAUAAAUACUGAGUGGGAAGUCAGGACUGAAACGCACAAGCAUACUUAAUCUGUAUGACGAUUCUGUCAGUAAAGUCAAUACGUACAUACAGGCUUAUCAACACAAGGCAGAUGUAGCUCCUCUACCACACUACCCUGUGAAUACUUAAUCUGUAAGUCUUCUUUACAGCUGCAAUUACCUCAAACCACACUGUUAACCUGUCAGUUGAUCUGUUGAAUAUAUUACAUUUGAGUACAUUUUCAUUCUAAAUUAAGAUCUGUCAUCAAAAUCAUCUUAAUUAUUAAUUUCGGUGGAGUUUUUUUUUUUUUUUUAUCCUUCCUCCAGUGUGCUCUGAGAACACAGCUGAAAAUGUACCAAAGUAAAAAACAAAAAAAAAAAACACGCACAAGCUUGCUCGAAUUUUAAACGCAUCCUAAAGCCAACUAUUUCUUUAACUUGUGUGGGUCUUUACGGAGAGCCAUAAACUGAGGUCCUUAUUGAUGUUUUAUGAGAUUGUUUUAGUUAUCUUUAUUCAUCUAUGUAUAGGAUAUGAAUUAUGUAACAAGCCACUGUCUAUAAACUGGUCAGUAGCUGCCAAUCAGCUUUUAAUAAAGACAUAAUCUGCCACAUUUCUUGUGCAUUUAUUUACGAAUUGAAAUUGAGUGUCAAAGAAAGGG